AUGUCGCUGGACCUGGGCAAGUUCAAUGUCUACAACGAAUCCACCAAAACAGACUUUGAAGCUCCGAAACCCCACGUUCUGCAUUGGCGCAAGUAUGGCCGUCUGCUCUGGCCCGCAUGGUUUCUAGACCAUCUAAAUCGAGCAUCCCUCAAAACCAUUCUUCCCACUUUCAUUCAGGUGUGGCUCACCGUCAUCAUCUCUGUGAUCCCUGCCACAAGCCACUGGAUCGGAACAGCAUGCUACUUGCUUCAGAUUGUCGGGUUUAUCUGCGCCAGCGGAGGGCUUCUGGUGUCGUUGAACAUUCUCCUUUCGCUAGUGUGUUUCCUCUAUGCUGUCGUGGGAUGGUUAUUUGUUGUUGUUGCCCUUGCAAUAGCCACAAGAAUUAGAGGCUGGCCCUCGACUGAUUCCGUGGCAAAAGUUUUGAUUGAGGACGGGUCAUGCUCUCCGUCAAACAUUUCCCAAUGCAUGAUACAGCAGUUCUAUACUGGUAGAUUUCUUGAAACUCGGUGCACAGCAGUUUUUGUUGUGGCCCUCAUCAUGGGAAUCACUCUAUUUGGCUUGACGGGCAAGCUUCAUCCUUUGGCAAGACAACCCUAUGUCAUAGGCACCAUUUCUCUCAUAAUAAACACAUGCUACACUGUCUUCUACCCGGUGUUUCUUCCCAAGGAUGUGGGCUAUACCCUAAUCAAACCGUUCGGUUUGGCCUUUGCCAUGAAAAUCCUACUGUCUGUUUUUGUGUUUCCAACAACGUCCAACUCUACGUAUUUUGCUGGCGUCAUAAGGGUCCUUGAGGAUCUCCGUUCGGUGAACUUUAAGAACGGUCGCAUGAUGCUGACUAUCAAACCGUCCCACGAUUCAUUUCUUAACUAUCAAUUAUUGAUGAAGGAUAUCCAAGCUAUCCGAAUCAAGGUACCUCCUUUGGAUCUAUUUCUCUCUACCAUUUGGGCCGAAGUUUCCUAUGGCCGUCUAGAUGGGGGCGAUGCUUCGGAUAUUCGUAGUGUUAUAAAGCCUCUUGUCAACACCAUUGCUGGCUACGAGUAUUUUUACCUGCUAUUUCAGGAAAGGAAAGAGAUUGCACUCAGCGAGUUGGUUCAUUCUGCUAGAAGAGGGAGCAUGUCUAGCCAAACCUUCUAUAAAGGCGAAAGUGCUGUUCUGAGGCGAUUCGCCCAUAGAUACAAAGAAGUUGGUGUUUUCGAGAAAUCGCAGAAAGUUCGCCUUCUUAAUGAAAAACUUGUCAGCAGAGAUUCCAAGGAGAAGAUCACUUUGGCUGAUUUGGAUUUUAUCGCUGACUAUAUCAGUAAUGCCCACUCAGAUUUCUUCAUCCAAACCAACUCUGCAUUGGACUCAAUCAUCAAGUGGAUCCAAGAGGCAACCUCCUAUCGUGCGUGGAGUCUUUUAGAUUCAAGAGGAUAUGAACAUAGACAAAAGGAAUGUCACUCAAACUUGUUGGAUGCUCGUGCUAAAUUCCAGUCUGUCCUCUCGAGUCUUCAAAGUACGGCAUUGACACAAGAAAUUUUACAGAGCCAAUCCCGGAGCGACGAACAAACUUUAUGUCUCUUAAGUCAAACAAGUCUUUUUCUCUUCUUGAGCAACCAGGUUGGGAAGCAAAUAUUGAGAAUGAUGGAUGUUCUCUUGAGAGUAGAUGAAAGGAGGCCGCAACCACAGCUAAUCACAUUCUGGAAUGCACCACAUAACAAGAGGCCACAUUUUGCACGCGGUCUCUUGAAUGACGACCCAACUGAUGUGUCUAGAAAUGGAUUGAGACAAAACUCAGAACCUCGAAAUCCCGACAGUUUGGAUCCUACAACGCCGUUGCAAAUUUUCGUGUUGUAUUUGUCUCGAUUCUAUGGCCUACUUAUGAAUGAGCAUUUCUUGUUUUGGGUUCGAAGUGGCAUCCUAGUUGCCAUAUGCUGUGUGCCAUAUUUCUGUCGGACAACAGCGCAUUGGUAUUUCGAGAAAAGACUCAUUUGGCUUCCUAUUAUGUGCGGAGUUUCCACAUCUGAAUUCACAGCUGAGAGCGUGUAUGUGUUCUGUUGCAAGCUCGUCUACUCUUUUCUUGGUGUAAUAGCAGGUCUUAUUGCGUGGUACAUUUCAACCGGUCUGGGGAAAGGAAAUUACUAUGGUUACUGUGUGGUUACAGCGAUUUUGUAUUUUAUUUUGUGUUAUUAUCGCCAUUUUGCUCUUCAUCUGAGCAAGAUACCUGGGAUCAUGAUUUCAGUCACUCCUACUUUGGUACUUGGCACAAGCUGGGUCGAUGCGAAAUACAAUCACUUGGCUAAUAUUGGGUAUGGAUGGAAAGUUGCUCUAGUGCGAUUCAUUAGUGUUGUUGUUGGUUUAAAUUAUGGCGCUUCUUGCCUCUACUUUUCCGAAACCGAAAAGCAGCAAAGUUGCAGUACGGAAAUCUCUCGCCAAUGUUUUGGAGCAGACGUGUGA